CGAGCCCGAGGGCACAUUGUGCACAGCUCCUGCUGCCGGAGGUGCUGGAAGGACGGAAUAGGUGCCCGGGAGCCACACACCUGCCAGGACUCUGGGUCCUGCCCUGGAGAGUACUGAGCUGUGGAGAGAAGAGAGGUGCAGCUCCCUGCAGUCACUGAUGCAGAGGAAGAGGUGAAGGGAGAAGGGGCUGCUGGGUCUCCUUCCACCCCUGAAGCAAAGGAGACAGAGGACGAGUCGCUGAUGGACCGAGCAAGAGCUCUGCCCAACACCACACCUGACACUGCAGGUGAAUCUCCCAUCUCUGCUGAGACAUGGGAGGAGAAAAAGGGAUCCUCAAUGCUGGAAUAUGCCACAGCUCCAGAGGACAACACAAAGCCCUCAGCUCAGCAUGGGGCUGGUGACUCUGCUCAGGAGGUUCCUCUGCAGAAGAAGAAUGAAAACACAAAAGAGAAAAAUCAGCCCCCAUGUGAGAAAAUGCCCAACGUGAGUACGGAGACAAGUUGGAUCCGAGGAGCGGAGGCUGCCAGAAAGGAGGGUGCUGUGGCUGCAGCAGACAGCCCCAAGAACAAAAAGGAACAAAGGAAGCAGAAACCUGUGGAAAAGGCUAAAGAAAGUUCUGUGAGCCGCAAUGAGGGUGUUACAGUGUAUUUCCAUGCAAUAUUAUCCAAAGACUUCAAGUUCGACCCUGGUAGCCAUAAAGUGUUCAUCAGGGCCCAGGGCAUUCCUUCCUACGCUGAGUGGGAGGACAACAUCUGCGAGCUGGAGUGCACCCGGCCUCGGGGAAAACAUGGAUACCUCAUUGAAGGCGCUGUAACUCUCAGCAGAGAAAUCGUGGAUAAAUACAUUCCUUACAAGUACUGGGUGACCUGUGGGGAGGGGGAGUAUGAGUUCAUUUACAAGAAUCCAGUAUCCAAUAAUCCCGUGAAUCGCUGCUUAUUGAUAAACCGUAGAUUCCUCAAAAAUGGAGUGUGGCACCAGUAUGAUGACAUCGUGUGUGCAAAGCCUUCCAUGCUCAAAAACUUCCAGCAGAAAGUUGGUUUUGAUAAUAACAAGGAAGUGGCGAAAGGGAAGAAAAUUGCUGCCAAAAUUAUGUUAGAAAGUAUCUUCAGCAUUCUUGCAACCCGGAGUCCUGACAAUCUGAGGAAUUUCUUCUGUCAGCUGAAGCAGUUCCAUUACGUUGCAGUAGGCCAGCGGGUGUUUGAUGAUGGGCCAAUGACAUGGAAAGAGUUAAACUUCGGCGCAGAGCAGGUGAAGGAUUUACUGCUAAAAUAUGUGAAGAAAAUAGCUCUCCCUUUCCUUACACCAGAAGCAGCUCCAGAGGGCAGAGUCAUCCAAAGCAAACUGGCUGUGGGGCUCACCAUUCUUGUGGUAGUUGAGCACUAUUCGCUCUCAAUACCUAAAAGUGACCUGGCUGACCUGUGCAGCCUCCUGUGCUUGGAUCAGGUGUCACCACAAGUUGUACAGAAUGAGAUUGAUCACAUCAAAGAGGCUUUUUCAGGAGUUUCCAACUUGAGGAUUGACCUGACAAACCUUUGCCAGAGGUGCAUUGAACUUGACGUAGACCAGUGGGUGUGGGUCCUUCCCCUUCUGCAUUCCUUUGCUGCUCCCCUGCAGCAGGAGCACAGGCUGGUGGAGGAGGAUGCCUGGGCAGGGCUGGAAGGGCUUCCAUUUGCUGAAACCAGGAUGAAGCAACAUGUAGCAACCCGAAUGCUGGCACGAAUGAGAGAAAAGAGAUACUUGAUGGAAUUUGAUGGGACUCUAGUCAAGUCCUGGCUCUGUGUGGUGCCCCUGGGGAGCCUGGCUGACUUCAUAAAAGACUUCUCCAGUGACCCGUUAGUUACUCUUCAAGGUGUUUUGUACAGAUUGGAGAAUGCUGAGCUCUCGUGCGAUAGCUCUCAGUCCCAGGUGCUAGUGGGGAUUCUAAACACAGUGCUGCACGCCUUGGCUGAGCCCCCAGCCAGAGCUCUGGGGUCUCCUUCUUGGCGGUGCUGCUGGUCCCGCUGCCUCAGGCUGCAUGAGAGGCUCUGCAAGGCUGCCAGCACAGUGGGGUUGUUCCUGAUCCCUGCCACUGCUGCCACCCUGAUUGCCAAGGUUGCCCAGCUUCAGCCCCCAGCAGUUCCAGGGGAUGCUGUGGAGGAAGUCCCAAUGGAAGAGUUGCUCAGUGGAGCUCUGAGGGAAGCUCGUACCUGGUUCAGAAAGGUUUUAGAUCGCAAGUUACUGGAGAAGCACUCAGACCAUGUGAUCUUCUCUUUCUCCCCUGAACUUCAGGUCUGGGAUAAGUUUGUGAAAAUCAGCUUUCCAGAUAAGAAGUUCACCCAGAAAUGGAGGAGCGCUUUACUUGAAGAUCUGAAGAAAAGAAUCCAGCAGGAGCCUCCAGUGAACCAAAUCUUAGUGUACUGUUCUCAGCACCACCACAUCACAAAGACAGACUCCUCCAUCAGCCAGUGCUUCCAGAGCUGUGCCAUAGAGGCUGUACCUCCAGCUUGCCAGAUGCACAACAAUCUCCUGGAGCAGAUCUCUGCCUACAACAUGGGCAAGUUCAGCCAGCUCGUGUCUGCUGUCAUGGUGAAGUCGUGGCCAGUCAUGGCUGGGCAGUCUGAGGGGUAUUCUGAUACGAUUCUGCACCACCUGCUCACAUGGCCUGACAUCAAACAUAUCUUCAGCUUUAAUGAAACAAGCAAAAACCUUCUGGACACGCUCACAGAUGAAGCAAAGAAUGUCGUGGCUGUAGCAGACUCUGUGCUUAAGAGAGUCACCGAUGACAUCAACUGCCGCUGCAUCCUCGUGAAACACCUGGAGAAGGUUUUCCAGCACAAGGAACAGUUCCUCUGCAUGUGGGAGACAAAGCACCAGCAAUGGCCAAGUGAGGCAAAGGAGAAGUUCCAGAGAGGCCUGAAAGAACUGCUGGCAUUGAGGCAUGAAGAAGUCACACAGCUCAGAAGAGAGAAAGAAGCAAUCAGAACCUUCCUGAGAAUGUGCCGGGGGAUGCAGAAGCCUGUGAGAGUGGUUUUAGGUGAGGUGGAAUUUCAACACUCAGUAGAUCUUCACUCAAAAAGACUGGAUGAAGUGGUGAUAGUGGAAAAGAGGUCCCUGCAGACCUUCUACAGCUUGAGCCCAGAGCUGAAAGAGUUUGUCCACAAAAUGCACUCUUUUAAGGACAGCUCAAUCUUCCAGCAGUUCUGGGAGGAAUCAGUAGAGAAGGUAGGAGAGAAGUAUGAGCGUGACUCUUCGGAGGAGGAUGAGGAGAUUGUUCCUGAGCUGGGCCUUAAUGAUAUUUUGAACUGCAUUAUCCGCCCUUGCUUUAACAGCUAUGCAGAGCUGUAUGAUGAACUCAGAUCAGGAAGUCUUACACUUUCUGCAGUUGAUAGAAUUUUCCAGGAGUUCAUAGGUCAUCCUGAACGUCUCAAAGCAGAGCUGAACACCAUCUGUGAGCUUCGGCCUGCAGAGGACAGAGGCUGGGUUGACCAUCGAGUCCAGCAGAUCCAGCAGUACCAUGAAAUGAAUUCAACCUGUGAAGCUGCCAAGAUCAUUGACUGUGUGAAAGAGAGUUUAGGCCUCUCUGGUGACUUCAGUAUCCUGGAAAACUUGUUGCAUAUAACAGAAAAGCUUGAACCCUACCAGACCCAGAAGCUGGAUUCCAUCAGCCCUGAGCUCGUGCAAGCCAAGCAGAUUCUGGAGGGGAUAACUCAGCCCCGCUGUAGCUGUCUGAGGGAGCUCGCCCGGCAGAAGGAGUUUGUCUGCUGGGUCAGAGAAGCACUGAAAGACAUAAAUGAGCUGAAGGUGUUUGUUGACCUGGCCUCUAUCUCAGCGGGGGAGAACGACAUGGAUGUGGACCGUGUUGCCUGUUUCCACGGCGCUGUGCACGGCUACUCCUCCCUGCUCUACGAGCUCCACCAGGGCUCAGGCUUCGAGGACUUCAUGAGGUGCUUGGAGAAGCUGUGGCGAGCCUUGGACAGUGAUAAGAGCCUCCCCAAGAAACUGCGUGCCUCGGCUCAGCACCUGGAGUGGCUGAAGACAGUGAAGGAGAGCCACGGCUCUGUGGAGCUGUCCUCGCUGUCCCUGGCAGCUGCCAUCAACAGCAGAGGGGUCUAUGUGCUGAGGGCACCAGCUGAUGGCCAGAAGGUCUCCUUGGACAGUGUCCUGCGCUUCACCCUCCCGGCGACCUCUGGGGACACUGAAACCUCCCAGAAGUACUCGCUGGCAGAGCUCCGCGAGCUGCAGAACAAACUGAUGCUCAUGUCUGCCAAGGGAGAGCAAGGCCUGGAGGUGGAGAGGUUCUCUGAGGUCUUUUCCAAUGUCCAGAGACUUGCCCAGGCCUUUAUAGACCUGUACUCAGCUGGGAACAUGCUUUUCCGCUCCUGGCUUGCCCAGGUGUAUUGUUCACCCCACAGAGAAUCCUGUGUUUUUAUAGACUUCUCUCUGGGCCCCAUCCCAGUGCUGGAAGGGCAAGGGGAUAUGGCAGCUGUGCUCCCAGCCCUCUGCAAGACCAUGGAGAGUUUCCUGGAGAGCUGGAAAAGCUUCAUGAAUGCCAGGCGUUGUGAGCAUUUCUACCUGAACUACUACAGUGCGGAGCAGCUGGUGUUCCUGUGCUUGGAGCUGGGCCGGGGCAGCCCCAGCCAGGCUGCCCUCAUGAUGCUCUCCUUCCUCAACCCUCACUGCACUGAGCAGGAUGCCCUCACAACCCUCAGGAGCCAGUGCCCUCCCAUUUCAGGGAAGGCUGCUUCUGACUUCCAGGUGCUGCUGGAUGGGGAGAGGGACCUGAGUGCCCGGCUGAAGCGCAUCUGGGAAUGCUACAUGAGCAACAUGGGCUCCUUCCUCCCCAGCUGCCUGGACAUCGACACACUGGGCCUGUGGCUGAAGAACCUGGCCAGCAGUGGCAGGGAAUGCAUCACCAGAGACUUCCCUCAGGAUCUGCUCUGUGUGGGCCAGCCCAACCUCAUCCUCUGCCCUCGCUCCGAGGUGCUCAGCUCUGCCCUGGCUAUUUACAUGAACAGUCCUGAGCAGCCCCUUCCCACCUUUGAUGAGGUGCUGCUGUGCACGCCCCAGACCAGCGCAGAGCAGGUGGGGCUGUUCCUGCACAGGUGCCUCAUUCCCUGCCAGGGUGGGAACAAGAUUUACACCAUGCUCUAUGCAGAUGAGCUGAGCUAUGAGGUCAGCUGCAGGGCAGAGGAGCUGUUCCAGCACCUGCAGUGCUGCAACAGCUCCUACAGGCUCGUCAUCCUGUGCAACUGCGAGCGGGAGAACAGCUACCUGCCCUCUGCCUUCAGCCACUACAAGGUGCACAUGAUUCCCCAGAGGUCACAGGAAGAUAUCCAGCAGUACCUGCAGCGCCACUUCCGAGUGGCUCAGCCCUCCAGCUCAGCUGCAGCCGUGUUCAAGGAGCACAUGUGUGUUGGGAUUGUGUCCUCCAAAAGAGCUGGCAUGGGGAAAUCUCUGUAUGUGAAGAGGCUGCAUGAGAGACUGCAAAAAGAUCAGCCUGACUGCACAGAACUUCUGAAAACCAUCAGACUGAUUGAACCAGAAGUGGAUGAAGAUAAAGUGCUGAAAUCUCUUCUGCCUUUUCUGGAGAGAGAACACCAGACAAAGCCCAUGAUAUUCCAUUUUGAUAUCACCUCCUCAGUGCAGCGUGGAAUCCCAGAGUUUCUUUUCAAGCUGUUGGUUUUGCAGUACCUGACAGAUAAUAAUGGCAAUAUGUGGCUACGGCAGAAGUGUCAUCUGUACAUCAUUGAAAUCCUGGAGUUGUCCCCAGUGCCAAAGACAGCAGCCAGACAUAUGUCAGUGCGCCAGAAGUAUCACUUCUUGGAUGUGUUCCCUAAAAUAAUGUGCAAGUCUCCCAAAGAAGUGCUAGACAUGGAGACACUUGAGAACCAUUCUGGGGAUGUGGGAAUGGACAUGGAGGAAUUUCGCAGUGAGGCUUUCCAGAGACCCUUCCAGUACCUGAAGAGGUUUGACCAGGGCUGUGACCUGGACAGGUUCCGGUACAAGGUGCUCUCGGUGGAAGGCAGACCUGCAGAAUGUGUGCAGCACUUCCUUCUGCACUGCGGGGUCGUGGAUCCCUCUUGGGCAGAGCUCCGCAACUUCACCUGGUUCCUCAACGUUCAGCUGAGAGACUGCGAGGCUUCUGUCUUUUGUGACCCUGGCUUUGUUGGGGACACUUUGAAUGGUUUCAAGAGCUUUGUGGUUGGCUUCAUGAUUUUAAUGGCACGGGAUUUUGCUACGCCCUCCCUGAGCAUUUCCGACCAGAGUUCAGGAAGACAAUCCUCCCACCUGGAGAACGUCACAGAGGAAGAUCUGCUUCCUUUCCGCAUCAGGAAGAGGUGGGAAUCAGAACCUCAUCCCUACCUGUUUUUCAAUGCAGAUCAUACAUCCAUGACAUUCAUGGGUUUCCACAUCCAGCAGACCAGAAAUCACAUUGAUGCCAUCGAUCCUCUGAAUGGGAACGUCAUCAAGAAGGACAUCAUGACUGCCCGGCUGUACCAGGGCUUGUUAUUGCAGGGGGUUCUCUUCAAUGUGCCCUUCAAUCAGCUGCCCCGCAAGGAGAAGCUCGAGAGGCUCUGCAUGGUGCUGGGGCUCCCCAAGGUGUUUGACCCCGACAAGACAUAUGAGCUCACCACGGACAAUGUGCUGAAAAUCUUGGCCAUUGAGAUGCGAUUCCGCUGCAACAUCCCAGUGGUCAUCAUGGGAGAAACAGGCUGUGGGAAAACCAGGCUGGUAAAGUUCCUGUGCCAGUUACGCAGCAGGUCUGCAGAGGUGGAGAACAUGAAGCUUGUCAAGGUUCAUGGAGGUACCACAGCAGAGAUGAUCUACGCCAGGAUCAGAGAAGCAGAAGCCCUGGCUAAAUCCAACAAGGAGCAGCACGGGUUGGACACUGUCCUCUUUUUUGAUGAAGCCAACACAACAGAGGCUGUGAGCAGCAUCAAGGAGGUUCUGUGUGACCGCACGGUACAGGGGGAGCCUUUAGCCUCUGACUCAGGCCUGCGGAUCAUCGCAGCCUGCAAUCCCUACCGGAAGCACACGGACAGGAUGAUCCGACGCCUGGAGCUGGCUGGGCUGGGCUACCGGGUGAAGGCUGACGACACCCGGGAGAAGCUGGGAUCCAUCCCACUGAGACAGCUCGUGUACCGGGUGCACGCGCUCCCACCCAGCAUGAUCCCACUGGUGUGGGACUUUGGGCAGCUCAACAACCACAUGGAGAAGAUGUACAUCCAGCAGAUGGUGCAGCAUGUGGCGGAGCAGCUGCCCAUGGCCAAGGAUGAGGUGAGGACAGUCACAGAGGUGCUCUUUGCCUCCCAGCAGUACAUGAGGCAGAUGGAUGACGAGUGCAGCUUCGUCAGCCUGCGGGAUGUGGAGCGCUGCAUGGAGGUGUUCAAGUGGUUUUACAGGCACAGCCACAUGCUGCUGAUGGAGCUGACAAAGUACCUGGCUGAGAGGAAAGCUCCCAAGCACAGCGGUGACAGAAACAAUGUCAUCUGGUCCUUGGUGCUGGCGGUCAGCGUCUGCUACCAUGCAUCCCUGGAAAGGAAGGAGCCGUACAGGACUGCCAUCAGCCAGGUCCUCCCAAAGCCUUACAAUACCCAGAAAAAGAUUUUGGAAGAAAUCUCCCUGAUGCAGGACUUAUUCCUGAGUGGGGUGCCACUCCAGGAUACCAUAGCAAGGAACUUGGCCUUGAAGGAAAAUGUCUUCAUGAUGGUCAUCUGUAUUGAGCUGAAAAUCCCUCUUUUUCUUGUCGGGAAGCCUGGGAGCUCCAAAUCCCUGGCAAAAACCAUCGUGGCUGAUGCUAUGCAGGGCCAAGCAGCUCAUUCUGAUUUGUUCAAGCACCUGAAGCAGAUCCAUCUUGUGUCUUUUCAGUGUAGCCCUCUCUCCACUCCAGAGGGCAUCAUAGGCACUUUCAAGCACUGUGCUCGAUUCCAGGAAGGGAAGAACUUGAAGGAGUAUGUAUCAGUGGUGGUUUUGGAUGAGAUUGGGCUGGCAGAAGACUCUCCCAAAAUGCCCUUGAAGACUUUGCAUCCGCUUUUGGAGGAUGGCUGCAUCGAUGAUGUCCCUGAUGCUCACAAAAAGGUUGGCUUCAUCGGGAUUUCCAACUGGGCUUUGGACCCUGCUAAGAUGAAUCGAGGUAUCUUUGUGUCUCGUGGGGACCCCAGCAGAGAGGAGCUCAUCAAGAGUGCAGAAGGCAUUUGCUGCUCGGCACGAGGGGCUCUGCAGAAGGUCGAGCAGUAUUUCCAGCACUUUGCAGAUGCAUAUGAAAACAUUUGCAAGGCUCAAGACAGGGAGUUCUUUGGCCUUCGUGACUACUACAGCCUCAUAAAGAUGUUUUUUGCCUUAGCUAAGAGCUCCAAUAGGGACCCCACACUUCAGGACAUUGCCACAGUGGUUCUUCGUAACUUCGGUGGCAAAGAUGAUGUCAAUGCCUUGGAAAUAUUCACUUCCAAGUUGCCAGAAAAAGGGGAGAUACGUGCUUGUGAUAUCAGUAGGAUAGAGCUGAUCCGACAGAACAUUUACAGCAGUGCUGAGGAUGGGGACUGCAGGUACCUGCUUGUUUUGACUGAGAACUAUGCGGCACUGCAGAUCCUCCAGCAGACUUUUUUCACUGCCCAACAGCAGCCAGAAAUCAUCUUUGGCUCCAGUUUUCCUAAGGACCAAGAAUAUACCCAGAUAUGCAGGAACAUCAACCGAGUGAAGGUCUGCAUGGAAACUGGCCAGAUGGUUGUGCUCCUCAACUUGCAGAACCUCUACGAGAGCCUCUAUGAUGCCCUCAACCAGUACUACGUGUACCUGGCUGGGCAGAAGUACGUAGAUCUGGGGCUGGGCACGCACCGGGUGAAGUGCCGGGUGCACCCCAAGUUCCGCCUGAUAGGUCACCACCUUCUCACGGCUGCUCACCAGUGCUGACGCUGCCUGCCUGGGGAGGGAGGUGCAGGGCAAGGCCCAGAGGCCCCAGAUCCUGUUCCUGCAGCAGUUUGACACAGAGUACUCCUUCCUGAAGUGCAUCCGAGAGUUCCUGGAUUCCACUUCAGAAAAUAAAGUCCUCAUUAUUCAGACAGACUUUGAAGAUGGCUCUAAGGAUGCCCAGCUCAUCACCUCAGCCAAGUACGCUGUUGUCAAUGAGAUCAACAAGGUAGACCUGGGAGAGGUCUCUGUCUUUGUUUACUUUAUCAUGAAGCUUUCCCGGCUGGAAGGAGGAACAUCCUACAUGGGAUUCCAUGGAGGGCUGUGGCAGUCAGUGCACAUCGACGACCUCCGCAGAUCCAAGUACAUGAUCUCUGACUUGACAGCCCUGCAGAACCUCACCAUCAGCCAGGUGCUCUCUCAGGAUCAAGGUGCAACCAGAGCUCUGCCUGCCAAUGGAGAAGCACAGCAGGAGGAGGUUGGAGCACCAGUGCCAGGAGCAGAGCACCAUGAGGGUGAGAUCCUGGACACCACAGUGCUGCUGAGGACCUGUGUGCAGAGUGCUGUGCGCAUGCUGCGGGACCAGAACGAGGACCUGAGCCGGAGCAGGAGGAGAAUUGAGAUUCUGCUUGGCCUUUUCUCCAAAGAGGAUGAGCUGAAAGCCUCUUUCCUGAAGAUAACCAAGUCUCGUCUCUCCAGCCUGCUGAAGAAGCAAGAAGAAAAUUCCCUUCACCCAGAAAACUGGGUGUUUCGGGAGGCUUCCAACCUCAGUGCUCUGCAAGAGGCAGGUACCUUCAGGCACGCCCUGUGGAAGCGAGUGCAGAAGGUGGUCACUCCUUUCCUGGCUCUCCUGGUCGCUGUCAUGGACAGGAAUGGCAAUCUGGAGCUGCUGGCCAGGGCAGGAACAAACUGGGUGACAAACCUGUGGAUGUUCAUCUUCAAUGACACCAAAUUCCUGAGUGUGGGGAGGAACAGCCCUCAGCCAGAGAUAAUCGUGGUGCAGAACAACAUGACGGUAUCUGCUGAUGCUGGGAAUGAGAUGCCCUUCAGCUGGAGGAUAAAGGAGUACCUGGAAGAGAUGUGGGUGGAGACUCAGUACAUCCAAAACACUGAAGGCCAUGCUGAGAAGUUUGUGGAAUACUUCCAGAAGACUGCCCUGGGAAAAUUCAUCUCUGUUCUGACUGGGGAAGAAAGGCAGCUGCUCUUUGAGUGCUACAUCAGAGACUUUAUUGUCUUGACUCUCAGUGUGUCCUCCCAGGAGCAGCUGCAGUGUCUGCGUGUGGCGUUCCUGUCUUGUGUUAAGGAGUGGAUGGCAGAGUCCCCCUGGACAAAGGAGCUGGUGCCCUCCCUGCCCUGGGCCCACCUGGCACACAACCAGUUCAAGAGCCGCCUGCAGAACUUCUCCAGGAUCCUGGCUGUGUACCCCUGUGUGACUGGCUACCUCCUGACCCAGGAAGAACGGAGAAUUCCAUGCUCUGAGAUGGUUCUGGACGUGCUGGCUGCCAUGGUGUGUGCUGAGGAGCUGGAGAAGCUGGUGCAGACAGCCUCCCCUGAGCUCUGGCUGCAGGGAGUGAAGAACCUCCAUAUGCCCAUUGAAUUCCUGUGCAAAGAGGAGAGUGCCCAGCGUAGAGGCAGCCACUGCCAUCAGCUGCUGAGGAAGCUCAGGGCCUGCUGGAGCCGUGUGUUUGCCAUGGCACUCUUCGUGGAACACGUCCUGUUGGACAUCCACACCGUCAUGCCAGAAUUUGAGGAUUUAGUGAGAAAAUACACUUUGCUUCUUGCCAAGUGUUUCCAGCAUGAUUCAGACAUCAAGUCUCAUCCAACCUUUUCUGCGGUGCUGAGAGUGCUGCAUGAAUGCAAGGAUGAGGUCAGCAGCAGGCUCUGCAGGCAUGGUCUGGAGGUGUGUCCCAUCUGCCUGGGAGAGCCAAAGGACCCCGUCUGUCUGCCCUGCAACCACGUGUUCUGCCACAAGUGCAUCAGCCAGUGGCUGGUGCCAGCACAGAUGUACUGUCCCUACUGCAGGGCUGUUGUGGAGGAUUUGGAGUUAACUGUCACUGAGGAGCUCAGAGCUGCCAUAGCAAAGAAGGCCCUGUUCCGGCAGAGGUGCAAUAAUUUCUUCAUUGACAUGGUCACCACCAUGUGCUUCAAGGACAACAAGCCCCCUGAGCCACAGGUGAUCCAGAGCCUCCUGGAUCUGCUGUUUGUUGAGAGAAAAACAGUCUUGAAAGACACAAAUCACUCUGCUGUCUACACAAAAUUCCUGUCCCCUUUUCAUGAUGAGGUGGAUAAAACUCCCAUCAUCCGCUCUGUGAUGCUGAAGCUGCUCCUGAAGUACAGCUUCAAUGAAGUGAAAGAUGAUGUGCAGCGUUACCUGUCCCAGGUGGAGCACAGCAAGCUCCUAGAGAAAAAUGAUAAAAAAGAGCUCUACUUGCUUUUUGUCAACUGCUUGGAGGAUUCCAUGUGUGAGAAGUUAGAGGACAGCCUGGGAUGUGGGCAUGGAAACAGUCUGCCUGAGGACAGAACCUUUCCAGAGAACUACCUGCCAGCCAGCAGCAGAGAGGCUCCCCAGGAAGCCUCUGUGGAAUACCUGCAGGCCGUGGCUGAGGUGCGCCUGUGCCUGAGCAGGGCUGCAGAGCUCAUCUUUGACCUGCAGCAGCACACGGAGCCAGAGCAGAUGAAGGAGAUGCAGCGUUACCUGAAGAACGUGGAGGAGUUCUGCAACCUUGCCAGGAAUGACUGGCACCGUGUGUACCUGGUCAGGAGGAUUGCCAGCCAGCACGGGAUGGCAUUUGCUCAGAAGUUGGUCACAGAGCCACGGUUCAGUUGGGUGUUCCCAGCAGAAAUUCUGCAGCAGGUCCAGCACAGCCAGUACAACCACAUGGACCGGUAUCUGGUGUAUGGGGAGCGGUACUGGGCCCUGCGCGACGCCGUGGGACGAGCCAUGAUGGAGGGCACGGCCCAGGGGCUGCUCGAGGCCCAGGAGGCCUCCAGCAGCCCCCCAGCUCUGGAAUCUGCCCACCUGCUCCUGGCCAUCUUCCGAGAGGUCACUGCUCUGUAUGGGAAUCCAAGCCUUCAUCCCAAGCAGCAGCAAACAGAGGUGAUGACUAGAUUCAUCCAGUGCUCCCGAGUGCUGAAUUCCCCUGAGCUGAAGCUCCUUGCAGUUGCCCUGGUGAAGAACACCCUGCCUGGGCUGGUUGUGGAGCCACAGGGCCACAGCCAGCAGGGAGCCCUGGUGGAGAUGGCUGUGCACAUGGCUGCUGUGUUGCUCUGCGGGCACAGCCUUGUCCUGCAGCCCCUCAGGAACCUGGCCUUCCAGCCAGACACCAUGCAGAACUCCUUUCUGCCCACGAUGCCUGAGGACAUGAUGGCUCAGGCAAGGACCUGGGAGGGAAUGCAUGGUCUACACUGGUAUGAAUGUCCCAAAGGCCACCCCUGCACUGUGGGAGAGUGUGGGCGCCCCAUGGAAAAGAGCCGCUGUCCCGAAUGCCACGUCAUCAUUGGAGGCAGAAACCACGUACCCGUGAAGGGCUUCCGUCGUUCCAGCAAACGUCCAGACAGAACUCAAACUGGCCACAUCCUUGGAGAUGUUGAGCACAGAAGGACACUGGGAACGUCUGACAGGGGUGUGUCCCCCGUGGUCUUUGUGCUGCUCCGUUUGCUCACCCACCUGUCCAUGCUGCUGGGAGCCUCCAGAGACCCUCAGUCCCUGGGAAGGAUGAUCAAGCCAACAGUGGAUGAUGUGGUGAGCUUCCUGCAGCAGCACAUUCAGGAGGACUUGGCACAGCUGACCAGGAUUUUGGGGAAGAGUGUGGAUGACACUAUCAACAUCCUGCACCUGGUGCUCAGCAGCCUCCUGCAGGCCCCCCGGCGGCAGCCAGGGAUGGUGUGGUUUGAUGAGUUUCUGUCCACCAAGGACAAGAGAAACAAAUGGGAAGAAAUUGUUGCAAGCACAAUUAUUGUUCCUGAAUUGGAGAAUUUGGAUAAAAAACUUCUGAAGUUAAACCGACAGAUACAAGAGGAUGAGAGAAUCUCUUCCAACCCCAUAGUGAAAAUAGUGUAUGGGGACCCAGCUGCAUUCCUGUCCCAGCUGCCACAGGACAGCCACAUCCACCAUUCCAGGAUGUGGAGCUGCCGCAGGAGGGUUUCAGUGGAGAACCUGGGCCACAUUGUGCAGCAGAAGAAUGCCAAGGACACCGUCCCUCUCCUCUGGAAAUUCCUGCAGAAGGAAAGUGAGCUGAGGCUGGUGAAAUUCCUACCAGAGAUUCUGGCUCUACAGAAAGAUUUGGUGAGGCAAUUCCAGAACACAGCAGAGAUCAAAGACUGCUCCAUCAGGGAAUUCUUCAGGGAGCCCCACUCAGGUGUGAUGAGGGACCUGUUGGAGAGGAGAGUGAAUGUGUUUCUGUCUGUCUGGAAUAAGCUGAGAAGCUCCCUGGACACCAAUGGGGAAAUCAAGCUGCCUGAAAGCUACUGUAAUGCCGAGCUGAGCCUGGACAGCAGGCUGGAGGUGCUGCUGCCGCGGCGGCAGGGGCUGGGGCUGUGCUCCACGGCACUGGCCAGUUACCUCAUUGGGCUGCACAACGACUUCGUAUACUCUGUCAUCAGAGACACUGAGGAGGAUGACAGAUACCUGGUCAGCCCCUCAGAAGUGGCCGACCUGCACCUGAUCAGUUAUGAUGUGGAGAGGGACCUGAUCCCUCUGAUCCUGUCCAACUGCCAGUACAGCAUGGAGAAGGGAGGGGAGACCUUGCAGGACUUUGAUCUGGAGAGGAUCCAGCAGCAAGUGAUCAGCAAGUUCCUACAGGGGAAGCCACUCAUCAGGCUAACGGGAAUCCCCACCCUGGUGUACAGACAUGACCGGAACAAUGAGCAGCUGUUCAGUGAUGUCAGGAACAAGCUGGAGCAGACUGCUCUGCCCAGUUCUGUGAUGAACAUGAUCAGUGGGGAGCUGCAGUCCUACAGUGAUGUGUGUGAUGCUCUGUCCCUCACUGAGAUUACCCUGAGCUUCCUGGCCGUUGCUGGUGAGAAUGCUGACAUGCUGCUGACUGACUACAUUGAGGAAGUCCUGCAGAUGGGGGAUCAGACAGACCCUCACUUGCUGCAGGCCCUCAGACGGUGCCAGCUCAGGCACAGCAUAGCCCUGUGGCAGCUCCUGUGUGCCCACAAAUCUGAGCAGCUGCUGCGCCUCGGCAGGGAUCCUUUUGCAGAUGUCAGUCGUGCCUACAAAGAAGAGCUCACCCCAGAGCUUGUCAAGCUCCUGCACACCUUCCUGGUCCACUCCAGCCUGGAAACCUUCCUGCAGGAGCUCCAUGAAAUGAUCAUCCUGAAGUUGAGAGGUGUCCAAGCUGUGGAGGAAUUCAAUCCCAUGUGGAGCCUCAAGGAAUCACUCUUGCCUUACCUUGAUGCCAAAGGCUCUGAAUUAGCUGCGGAGCUGGAAGACUCAUUCCCAGAUGAGAUUCUUCUGUCUCAUGCUGCUGGUACCUGGAAAGCAGCUGCUGUCUUCAAGAGGGAGCACAGGGACAGUUAGGACAGAACACUGCCAGGGAAUGCCACAACACCCAUGUCAGGGCUUCUGGGACUCUGGGCAUUUGUUUGGGCCUUGUUGGUUGUUCUUUGGGGUUGUUGUUUUUACACCUGAUGUGAAGAGUGGCCGUGGAGGAAGGGAAGGGUGAAAAAGACCCAGCAACUUGGUGUGAAGCCUGGAUUGCCACAGCUCCAGAGCCACUGGAGGAACAUGAAUAUGAAAAAUGCGUAUUUUAUUAUUGGCUUUUUUUCAAAUAU